ACACAACUUUCCAUUAAUAUCCCUCCAUACAGCACUUUGCGAACAGCCAGAUUCUUUAUCAAUGUCCUUUUUUCCCUCUUUGUAGGUUUCAUCGACCGCCUGCUGGACUAAUUUUGGGCAUAAUUGUGUUGACCAUAACAUUCCUUCUUAAAAAUGUGUUUUGGUCUUAUUCACUAAUCCAAUUCUCAAAAUUAGCAGAAAUAAAUCCUUGAGAUUUAUUGAAAUAGUGAAUAAAUUAAUUUUUCAAUAAUUCAAAUAUGUUGAGAUGCAUCUGGAAAUGACCAACACCCUGAUGUCCAGUUUUGAUUUGGAGCGUUUGUAUUCAGUGGCUCUGCUUCAGAUCACUCGAUCAGCCUCACAACUUUAUUUGCAUUGAGUUGGGAUUAUUUAUCUAAACCACCACAUAAACUUUUCUACACACUCGGAUGCUUAUGGCUGAUUCAUGUGUGGAAAUGAUUACACGUCUCAUAAAUUCAGACAUUGUCCUCAUUUUAUUUGAUGUGACUGGUAAUCAAAGACAUUCAGGUAUUUCACUGAUCUUGAUUUAAUCUCACGCUAAUCAAUUAGUCAAGGACUUAUUUUUGCGGGUCCACUUCCCAAUUGUUUGGAAACUUUUUAAACACGCUUCAGGUCCAUGGCGAAUGUCCAUCUUCUUAUCUGCAGAGACUCCAAUUGGCUCUCAGCGCAGUGGUGAAGCGUGGUGGGAUUCCAGCCACUGAAAUGGACAAAUAUUUGUUAAAACAAUUUUGUAGAGGUUGCUGGUAUAACAGCAUGAUAAACAAACUGCAACUGGGGGAGGGAUUAUUACAAUUCAGUCCAAAAUACACAACAUUCUCAUAAGAUGAUGAUGUUAAACUUGGCAAACAUGAACCUUUGUUGUCAUAUAUAAACCUGAAAUAAAAUACCUUUGGAAUUCACAGAAAAAUAAAACAUAAACUGAAGAAAAACUAAAACUUAGUAUUAAAAAUGUAUUUUCCAAAUCUGAGAUUAUUUAUGAGUGGCAAACCAAUAUUUAAUAUUCUAAGCUGUAAAUUGAUUCCAAAAGAGGCAUAAAUUCAGAAAGAUUUGAGAUCCUCGAAAUCAAAACUAUUGUUUGCAAAGUUUUUGCUUCAUGGUGCCACAUGAGUGGAAAUGCUGGAGGGGGGAACAGGGAGUCAGGAGCCCCCUGAAUCUAAGCAGCCAAGAGAUUUUUACCUCAGUUUCCCACUUUGAGUGAAAUCGUCCUGCACAAUGCAGCAGUAUUCUUUAAAAUCUCCUUCUUUAAUAGAGGGUGUAAAGUGUUGAAAUGCAGAAAACUUGCAUUCCCCCCAUCAGUGGUUUGGUCCCCUGCAUGCAGCCCCCAAGCCCCCCCACACACACAAAGUCUGGGAAGGAUCCUCUUUUGUGUGGAGCAGCCUUUGGAAGUGUGUCAGUCGUGCCCAGCCUCCUGCGAGCCAUGCCUUCUGUGUCUGGAAGCAAAUGCUUGAAAGAUGAUCAAACUCCAGGCACAGACGAAAGAAACUUGCUGUAUGCAGAGAAGAAGUGUCCCGUGGACGGAGUUGUUGAAAUUUCCCCAACUGCGCACAAGUCGUCUGCUCUCAGAGGAGAUGACUGCAACGACGAUGAGGACAAAUCCCACCAAACGUCUGAAGAAAACGGUGCAAAAGAGGAAAAGGCAGAAGAGACGGCUGCUCAGAUAAAGUGGAUUCGUCCUGAUUUACCCAGCAGGUGCACCUGGAGGCUGGGCACACCGAUGUCAGAGUCUCCUCACAGCCAACCACCACGCAUUAAACCUCCAAGAAUCCUCCCAAACAUCCUGGGACACAUUGGAUACACACCUCUGGUCCGCCUGAACAAAAUCCCAAAGGAGUUUGGGUUAAAGUGUGAAAUGUUUGCCAAGUGUGAGUUUUUCAACGCAGGAGGCAGCAUUAAAGACAGAAUCACUAUGCGGAUGGUAGAGGACGCCGAGGAAGCCGGGAUCCUCAAACCAGGGGACACGAUCAUUGAGCCCACCUCCGGUAACACAGGAAUCGGACUUGCUCUCAUAGCGGCUGUGAAAGGCUACCGCUGCAUCAUUGCGAUGCCUGAGAAGAUGAGUAUGGAGAAAGUAGAUGUGCUGAAGGCUCUCGGGGCAGAAAUUGUUCGCACUCCUUCAUCUGCAGCUUUUGACUCGCCGGAGUCUCACAUACGGACAGCUUGGAGACUAAAGAGUGAGAUUCCCAACUCGCACAUCCUGGACCAGUAUCGUAAUGCCAGCAACCCCCUGGCUCACUACGAUACAACAGCUGAGGAAAUACUGGAGCAGUGUGAAGGUAAACUGGACAUGGUUGUAGCUGGAGCAGGGACCGGUGGUACGCUCACAGGUAUAGCUCGAAAGCUGAAGGAGAAGUGCCCCAAUGUCAAGAUAAUCGGUGUUGAUCCUGAGGGCUCUAUGCUGGUUCACUCAGAUGAGCAUCAAAGUGCCCAUUUCGAGGUUGAGGGCAUUGGAUAUGACUUCAUCCCCAUGGUGUUGGACAGAUCCCUUGUCCACCAGUGGUACAAAGCCAGUGAUAAGGAAACAUUUAACAUGGCACGCAAACUAAUAAGAGAGGAAGGCCUCCUCUGUGGUGGGAGUUCUGGCUCAGCGAUGGCGGCAGCAGUGAAAAUGGCUCGGCAGCUGGAGGAGGGACAGCGCUGCGUGGUCAUCCUGCCAGACUCGGUUCGCAACUACAUGUCGAAGUUCCUGUGCGAUCAGUGGAUGUGUGAGAAAGGUUUCCUGGAGAGUCCGAAUGAGAUCAAGCCCUGGUGGUGGAACGUGACAGUCCACAGUUUACACCUUUCCACUCCGCUCACCUUUGCUCCUUCACUGCCCUGCCAAAAAGUCAUCAAGAUCCUGAAAGAGAAGGCUUUUGACCAGGCUCCAGUCGUCAGUGAAUCUGGUGAGAUCAUGGGCAUGGUCACUCUGGGAACCAUUCUUUCCAGUGUGCAGGAUGGAAAAGUCAAACUAUCGGAUCCAGUCAGCAUGGUGCUCUUCAAGGACUUCAGACAGGUGCGCCUGACGGACGACCUGGGGAAGUUAUCCUGCAUCCUCAAAACUCAAAACUUUGCCCUGGUGGUGGAUGAUCAGACCCAGCACGAUGCGGCGGGUUCAGUUUGUCCGAGGCGGAACGGGUUUGGCGUUGUGACGGCGAUCGACCUCCUGAACUUCAUCACCACACAUGAGGGACAGGAUCACCCAUAAUCCUCGUGUUCGCCCUCACGCAGGCAGGCAGCGAGUUGUUUGGAGGAUUUCACCUCCUUAGUUAGGUUGUUUAAAAAGAAAGCCAGCUCAAUAAAAUGAAAAUAUUGUGAGGAAUUAUGCUUCAUUUAGUCAUUUUGUUUUGUUUUUCAACAUUGCAGUAGAUGUAAAUACCUUAAAAACAUUCAAUGGUUAGAAUAUGAUUAAGACAACUUUCUGCACUUCAGUUUUAUGUUACUUUUAUGAAAAGUUUGUAGAAAAAUUGCUGAUGAAAAUUUAUAGUGUGAUUUGUUUUAUAUAGUUUAGGUAUACACAGAUUAUUUAAAGUAUUUACAUGAGCUAAGGAGUUGAUGUUAUUUCUGUCGGGAUCAGUUAAGGGAUUUGCAGGGGUCAAAUCUUGUAAUAUGUAAAACAUUAAUGAUACAGUAGACACUCUUCAACUUUUUUUCAUCAUUAAUUAACAAUGAUUAGGGUGUUUAAAUAGAUAUUGUACCGUUCCUUCCCGUUUUGUUGCAAUAUUUGUAUUCCUUUUACUCUAUUUGCCUCGGUAAUGUUUAAGUUGUUUUUUCUUGAUGGAUGUAAUGUCGCCAUCUGGUGGUAAAACUUUAGCAAAGAGAAUAACGGAAGUGUUUGAGUGUGAAAUGUAUUGCUUCACUUUUAAGCUAUUUUUUUGCGCGAAUUUGUUAUUUUUCAGUUGAAUUAAGUAUAGUCAAAAAAU